AUGUCGUUGUCUGAGAAGGAGAAGGUCCGCGUGUUGGUGCUGGGGAGCGGCGGAAGAGAACAUUCGAUUUGCUGGAAACUCAAGCAGUCUCCUAUCCUCGAAAAGCUGUUCUGUCUUCCAGGCAAUGCUGGCAUUGCGUCUGUUGCAGAGUGUGUUUCUGGUAUCUCAGUCACCGACGUCCCCAAGGUUGUCGAAUGGUGUAAAGAGCAGAAGAUCGACUUCGUUGUGGUUGGACCAGAAGAUCCUCUCACAAAGGGUGUUGUUGAUGCUUUAUCCGAUGCCGGGAUUCUGGCAUUUGGUCCAAACAAAGAAGCAGCAGAGCUCGAGAACAGCAAAGCUUUCAUGAAAGACAUCCUCCACAAGUACAAUGUACCAACAGCUUCAUACAUCAGGACGACAUCACCAGAUGAAGCAAAGGCAUACAUCGAGAAACAGGGAGUUCCAAUUGUCGUUAAAGCUAGCGGGCUUUGCGCAGGAAAAGGAGUGAUCCUUUGCUAUACAAAAGAAGAAGCGAUGCAAGCGAUCGACGAAAUCAUGGUCUCAAAGAUCUUCAAGGAUUCUGGGAAUGAGGUUGUUAUCGAAGAAUUGCUUGAGGGGGAAGAAGCUUCUUAUUUCGCCCUUUGUGAUGGAGAAACUGCAAUCCCUGUUGCUGGUGCACAGGACCACAAGCAGGUCUAUGACGGGGACAAGGGACCAAACACUGGCGGCAUGGGCGCCUAUUCUCCUGCGCCUGUAUUGACUCCUGAAAUGGAGCAAAAGAUCAUGGAUGAAGUGAUGAUACCUACUGUCAAGGGAAUGAAGGCAGAGGGGAAACCUUUCAAGGGUGUUUUGUUUGCUGGUCUUAUGAUCAAAAAUGGUCAAAUCAAGGUUUUGGAGCACAAUGUUCGCUUUGGCGAUCCAGAGUGUCAGACAGUCAUGAUGAGAAUGAAAUCUGAUCUUCUGAAGACUCUGAUUCUCGCCGCAGAGGGCAGCUUCAGCACGAUGCCGCCUCUCGAGUGGGACCCGCGCACUGCUAUGGUCGUCGUCAUGGCAGCAAAGGGCUAUCCAGGAAGUUACGCAAAAGACACACCUAUCAACAACGUUGCUGCUGCAGAUGCCAUGAAGGAUGUCGUCGUUUUCCAUGCUGGGACCGGGAUGAAGGGCGAUCAGGUUCUUGUGUCAACGGGAGGGCGUGUUUUGGGAGUGGCUAGCCUUGGCAAUGAUGUACUCGAAGCUCAAACUUUGGCAUACAAGGCUGUUGAUGCGAUUGACUGGCCUCAAGGCUUCUGCCGACGAGAUAUUGGGCACAGGUAA